AUGCAGUAUCUUGCAGCGCCAACUAUGGAGUCCAAUAUCCUGGAAAUGCUGUCCCGAGUGCGGCUGGCCAGAUUAGCGCUAGUGGGGCCCGCACAGCGGCAAAACCCCCUGAAUCCACAGACAAACACUAUGCAACUGUUGAUACAAUGUCAUAUUGUUAUAACAAUAGCAUUGUUCGUGUCUGAACCCGGUGACUACUAUUACCUUGUUUGUCAUUUCCAGGAGUUCGAUGACAAUGGGUUUAUUAAACUAGAAAAUAAAUCACAUCAGGAGAAGAAAGUAAUUAUUAUGGCAGAUGAGCAGGGAAGAGGACUUCAGAAGAAAAUGCAGGAAUUACUGGGAUCACAAUAUAAAGUUUAUAGCUUUUUUAAACCAGGUGCGCGUUUAUCUAAAAUCAUUGAUCACUGUGACCUGUUACAAAAUUCAUUAACUGAGAAUGACUACAUUAUAGUGUUAGGUGGCAUUAAUGACAGGAAUCCAUAUGAAUGUAUAUCCCAUUUGUAUUGUUUUCUGAAUAAUCUAAAAUGUAAAGCGAAUAUACUAGUAGGGGAAGUACCUCAAAACAGUGUAUUGAAUGAACUUAAGUUAAAUAAUAAGCUAAAAGUCACUUGUAACCAAUUUAAAAACGUAACUUUUGUAGAUAUGGAUUUUUAUAGACGUGUACCAUUUAAAAAGUUCUAUACAACUCAUAUUAGUCAAAGAUUACUUAGAGAUAUUUUAAAAAUUGACUAUAAAUUAAAAUUUGCUAUGUACACAAAAAAGAUUAAGAAUAACUUAGGACUUCAAAUAAAUAUAAAUAAAUUAAAUAAAUCAUACACAUCUAAGGCAACACAAACAGAAAUUAGAAAUAUAGUCCAGGCCACACAGGUAGAAGUAGAAAAUCAAGAUGCAGAACCAAAUACUUUUUUUCGUCCCUAA